CACACAGAUGCACUUUCCUGUGCAGACUUACACUCAGAGUGCUAGCUACACAACCCCUUCUCCAGUCACAAUCUAGGACCAUCACAAAAGAUGGGGACGUUGCUCCAAUACCUCGCCAUGGUCUCAGCCAUGGUCCUGACAGUGCAAGGUCAGCCCUCACUCAUCGAAUACAUGGAAAGGAGACUCUCUGCUUUCGAGGAUCGGAUAGCUGUCUGGUAUGAUCAGACCCAGAGAUACUCCUCAGAAUACAGAGAAUUCAAAAACCAGAUUCUUUCUCUGGUCGAUAGCUUGGAUAAGGAGAGGGAGGAGCAAAGGCACAUUCUUGAUUUGGCAAAUUCUCGUAUUGAACGUGUUGAGCGUGAGAUGGACUACUUAGAGACCAAAAAUCCAGCCCCAGCAUGUGUGGAGGUCGAGGACAAGUUUAUCGAUAAAAAUGGUGGAAAAGCUGAGAAAAGGAAGAAACCUAGGUUUUUCGAUUGCACGGAAAUGAUCAGCAGCAUUAAAGCAAUGAAAAUCGUUAAGAAGCUGGAGACGGCUUCUGGGCUGUGGACCAGAGACCUGAUGUCUGACUCUGGGAAAGUCUAUGUAUUUGACGGUAUAGCCAACGACACGAUAUAUGAAUUUGCCAGAUUACGGGACCUGACUGACUUCUCUGGUUUCAUGAAAGCAAAGAAAAUCAAACUGCCUUACCCAUGGGCUGGCACAGGUCACUUGGUGUACAAAGGCUACUUGUAUUACAUUAGAAAUGAGCCCGAGUUCCAACUGAUCAAAUUUGACCUGAAAAACCGAACAGUGACAGACAGCACCAUGUUCCCUGCCGAGCAGCAGAUCCCAGUCUAUGGCCUAUCACCGUUCAAUUACAUUGAUCUAGCCGCAGAUGAACAUGAUUUGUGGGCUAUAUAUGCCACCUUAGAAAACGAGAAGCACAUCUGCCUCGCCAGGUUGAACCCUAAGACGCUGGAUAUCGAGCAAAUGUGGGAUACUCCAUGUCCUAUAGAGAAUGCUGAGAAUGCCUUUGUCAUCUGUGGUACGCUCUACGUGGUUUAUAACAGUAAGCUCCGCAGUCGAUCACGGAUCCAGUGUGUUUACGAUGUCAAUGGCAUCGUGACCAAUGACGUAGCGCCUUUGGUGUACUUCCCCAAACGGUAUGGGAUGCAUUCCAGCAUAAAAUACAGUCCAAGAGAGAAUUAUCUCUAUGCUUGGGACGAUGGAUACCAAAUAAUAUAUAGGCUGGCAAUGAAGCCGAAAUCGGAACUGUAAAUCUUGUGUCUAACUGCAUGUCAUUACUAGGAUCAGGAGCCUGAGAAAAACCCCAUAACAAAGAGGAACCAAAGUAAGAUGAAGCAAAAUGACAAUGUUUUAAGUUGAGUGAUUCAUUAAUUUCCCAAGGCUCCAUUAAAGGGUUCAGCACCAUGAAAAUAGAAUCAAAUAUAUCAUUAAUUGAGAGAUUAACAGUACAUUAACAUGCUUGGUGAUGCGUUACACAUAAUUGUGACUUAGACAGCUGCAGUCAAAUUGAGGAGUUAGUCAAAAGGGAUGUGUAUGGGCCAAUUAAAACAACCACAUCAAACACACUCACUUGAAACUUUGUACCGCCAUUAAAAAGAAUUAUGCAACUCCA